AUGGGAAACACACAUUCAAAUGUAGAUGAAGAGGUUAUGGAUUCUGCUAAUUUUAAAGCAGCCAAGGAUGCAUUAAAGCCAAAAUCUGUUAGAUUCAAGGUUGAUAAAGAACUUGACGAUGAGUUUGAUCCACGACCAGUUAAAAGAGUUGAUAGAAAUCUUGAUGACAAUUUAGUUCAAAAGCCAGUUGAAGGUUUAGUUUGGCCACAUAUUGAUAACUCUAGAGAAUUUGACCCAGAAGUUGAUGAACAUUAUUUACUUGGAUGA